GGCUGAGGGCGGCGAGAGAGCGGCGGCGGGGCCUGACUGCCGGGGCGGCUCUCUCUGAGGCGACGGCGGCGCUUGGAAUGGCGGCGGCCGAGCAGAUGAACCUGUCGGUGGUGGUGCACAAGGCCGGCGACCUGCGCUUGGAAAACCGACCAGUACCUGAGCCUGGUCCCAAUGAGGUGCUUUUGAAGAUGCAUUCAGUAGGAAUCUGCGGGUCUGAUGUUCACUACUGGCAGCACGGGCGGAUUGGGGACUUUGUGGUGAAUAACCCAAUGGUGUUGGGCCAUGAGGCUUCGGGGACUGUCGUCCAAGUGGGCUCGUCUGUAACCACACUGAAGAAAGGUGACAGAGUGGCAAUAGAGCCCGGAGUUCCCCGAGAAACAGAUGAAUUCUGCAAAACAGGGCGGUAUAACCUGUCUCCGACCAUCUUCUUCUGCGCAACUCCCCCUGAUGACGGGAACCUGUGCCGUUAUUACACACACAGUGCCAAUUUUUGCUACAAGCUUCCAGAUAAUGUCACCUUUGAGGAAGGUGCCCUAAUUGAGCCCCUGUCAGUGGGAAUCCACGCCUGCAGAAGGGCUGGGGUGACCCUUGGAAGCAAAGUCUUCAUUUGUGGUGCUGGACCGAUUGGACUUGUGACUCUGCUUGUUGCUAAAGUCAUGGGAGCUGCGCAAGUGGUGAUCAGUGAUUUAUCUGCUUUACGCCUGGAAAAGGCUAAGGAACUUGGGGCUGAUUUCACUGUUGAAGUUAAGAACGAAAGCCCUCGGGAGCUGGCAGAGAGGGUGAAAAAUGCGCUUGGUUGUAUGCCAGAGAUAACCAUGGAGUGCAGCGGGGCUCAAACCUCCAUCCAGGCUGCGCUAUACGCAACCCGUUCUGGAGGGACUCUGGUAUUGAUCGGGAUGGGCCCCGAAAUGGUCACUGUGCCCCUUGUGAGCGCAGCUGCACGGGAGGUGGACAUCAAAGGGAUAUUUCGAUACUGCAACACGUGGCCCAUGGCGAUCGCCAUGCUUGCGUCUAAGAAAGUGAAUGUCCAGCCAUUGGUGACUCAUCGUUUUCCUUUGGAAAAAGCUCUGGAAGCUUUUGAGACAACCAGAAAGUGCAUAGGGAUAAAAAUCAUGCUGAAGUGUGAUCCCAGUGACCAGAAUCCUUGAAAAAUCAAGAACGCUGCACUCCGUUCCCUCUCUCAUGUUAUAAGGGCGGAGUACACUGAAGGCAAGCACUUACUGUUUAAGGGUUUUCCCCUGCCUUAAAAUUGCAGAAAUAUGUAAAAUUACAUAGGAAGCAAUAAAUAAAAAUUCUUAAACUCUUUAGACUAGAACAGAUGUUGAAAUCAGCUGAGCCAUAAAAUCAGUAGAAGGCGCUUGACAAUGAUUGAUGUAGAGCUGAAAUACAUUGGAAGAAUCACAUGGUUCAGCAUUUGCUGAGCUGUACUAGUUCAUCAGUGAAAUCGUAAGCAGAGUGACUCCAGUCUAAGCCCAUUGAAAUGCAUUAACAUUAGGGAAGCAGUUUCUUGACGAGCCAUGUUGUUAGUUUUGUACAUACAAGGAGGUGCAUUUUCUAAAACAAUGCGGGGUACUAAAUUACGUAACUGCAGUUUGAAGGAGUAAAGGCUAUGCCUUGUGGUCACUUUUGCUGUUAGAUGCCCCCAGAUUCUGUGCCUCAGAUAAUUCAUGCCCCCCCCUGUUAAUGCAGUGCAUGCAAUGUGCAUUUUCUGUGCAGAAAACACUUCCCUGUAGGGACUGAGCAUGAAACCAACCUCCCCCGUGAAAGGGCUGGAUGAGAUCUAAUGACCAAUGUUGUAUGUGGUGUUAUGUGAACAAGCUUCAGGCUAGUGUGUCCCUUCCAUGCACCCCUCAUGCCUCAUGUAUCCCCCUUCUGUCAUGUUUGGUGGCAAACCAUAACUUUGCUGCUGCAUCAUUAUUUCCGUUUCUGGUUCAGAAGGCAAGCCCUACAUUUCUCUGGUUCUGAUGUAACUGCAACCUUCAGUAUGCCUUAAAAGCAAGUGAAAUUUCAGCAUGAAAGAGGAGCAAGGUUGGCAGAAAUGGCGGGAGAGGAUUAUCAUGCAGGCCUGACUCUCAUUCGUGUACUGCCAAACUAUGGUGUCGGGAACUAGGCCAAAGUCUUGUGAAUGUGCAUUGUACCCCAUGUGGCUAUAUGGUGUCCUGAUACCUUCGUUUUUUUUACUGUUCCUGUACCCUGGUCUUGAUAUGUAAAAGAAAUGCCUAAAAUGUGAAGAGUGGUGUGUAUGUUUGAGGGGGGGGGGGCAUAACUAUGAUGGCAGCGACAUGCAUUACAUUUCAAGAGUACAAAAAAUUUCACCUCCAAAAGAAGGCUUUGCAUGAUUAUAACUACUUUCCAUAGGAUGACGUAUUCAUAAAUUACUCCUGUCUACAUAACUCUGGGUCAGCAAGCUCUUGCAAUUCCAUCAUUGAUGUGUUUAUCUCUUGGAGUACCUCACGACCUUCAACCACUCGUUGUCACUAAUGAAUAUUAGAAGAGUGAGGCUAUACUGUCCUGGCUCAAGCUACUUGUAAAUUGAGCUGUUGAAAGGAAAUGGAGUUCAUGCCAGCAAGGUCUGAUAGAAAGAGCUAAGUCCUGCAUGGCUUAGCUGCCGCAAAUACUCUUAAGAGAUGUAAUUUUUGUUUUAAAACUCAGGGUAACAUGGAAAGAAAAUACUUGCAUCAAAUAAAUUCUUUUUUGCAUCCAAA